GAGAGAUUUAACGUGGUUCGGCGUAAGCCUACAUCCACGGGAGAGUAACGGAUCGAUUUACUUCAAUCACGAUCAAGAACUACAAUCAUACAACAAGAUCACACACUCAAGAACAAGCUACUCUCUCUUCGCAUAUGAACUCACAUCAAACCGAAGACUAUACAAGCUAGUUCCUCACAAAGAUAGUGUGUAUCUCUCUCUCUAGCUAUUGAUUGUUGUUAUGAUCUCUCAGCUGAUUUCUCUCUCUCGUUUCUUCUCUCAAAUGAUCUCUGUGGCUUGCAGCAUACUUAUAGGAAUCGCAUCACCUCAUGCAGUUGCAACUGCCGCUGUAGCCGUUGCACAACUGAAUCUUGAACUCUUUCUUCUUGAUCAUGUGUUGCACACUCCACGCUCGGUUCCGAUGCACCAUCACUAGUUGUUAUCAUCACAAAAUUCCUAACAGAGAGGACGACCACGACCACGACCACGACCACGACCACCACCACCACCACAAGGAAGAAUCGUGGAUUGGUCCUGAUGGGAAGGUGUACCACAGCCACGAUGGACUGGCGCCGCACUCGCACGACCCAAUCGAAUCCCCUGGCUACUUCACUAGACGAGCACCGCCGCUCCUUAAUCGCGAUUUCAACGAGAGAGCCUUCACCGUCGGAAUUGGCGGCCCCGUCGGCACUGGGAAGACGGCGUUGAUGUUAGCUUUGUGUGAAUUUCUGAGGGAAAAAUACAGUCUUGCAGCUGUAACCAACGAUAUAUUCACAAAAGAGGACGGCGAGUUCUUGAUAAAGCAUGGAGCUCUUCCCGAGGAAAGGAUCCGUGCUGUAGAAACAGGCGGGUGCCCCCAUGCAGCUAUAAGAGAAGACAUCAGCAUAAAUUUGGGGCCUCUUGAGGAGCUCUCCAAUUUGUACAAAGCAGAUAUACUCCUUUGUGAAUCUGGUGGAGAUAAUCUGGCAGCCAAUUUCAGCCGAGAACUGGCUGAUUACAUAAUCUACAUAAUAGAUGUAUCUGCUGGUGAUAAAAUUCCUCGAAAAGGAGGGCCGGGCAUCACUCAAGCUGACCUCCUAGUGAUCAACAAAACUGACAUUGCAGCUGCAGUGGGAGCUGAUUUAUCAGUCAUGGAACGUGAUUCACUCCGAAUGAGGGAUGGUGGUCCAUUUGUUUUUGCUCAGGUGAAACAUGGUGUUGGAGUGAAGGAAAUUGUGGAACAUGUUUUAGGUGCUUGGGAAACAGCAACGAGCAAGAAACGUCUUUAGUUUGGAAACAUUGAGAUGUUUAUGUGGACUGAAAAACGAUGUAGCGUGUAAUGUAUCUCUGUUUCGCCUUCGGUUGGAAUAAAACCAUUUUGGAAUGGAAAAAGAGAUGGUUUGAUUGGA